AUGUUAAAAUCGAAAAAUAUCCGAUCGAAAGUCUGUUCGAUUCUGGAGGACGACACUGAGAAAAUGGAGCAUAUUUUGGAGACAAAUCCGAAUAUUAACGUUUCCAAGCACGACAAUCACCGGCAAACACCUCUUCACUACGCGGCCUUUAUUGGAAAUGAGAAUACUUGUGUCACGUUGAUACGAUACGGUGCUCAAAUCGACGUAAAAGAUAAUAUUGGUUUGACGCCCUUACACAGAGCUUGUGCUGCGGAUAGAUCACAAGCUGUGGAUGUCCUUAUUGAGAACGGCGCGGAUUGUUCCAUUCGAAACAGAAACUGGGAAACAGCGUGGCACAUUGCAGCAGCUCACGGAGCUGUUUCUUGUCUCCAGCGACUCUUGUGCAAAACUGGCAAUGUAAACAUACAAGAUAAAUGCGGAAGAAGCGCUCUCCAUCACGCGGCAGUGAAGGGACAGGAUCAAGUCACCGAGUUUCUGAUAGAAAACGGCAUCAAUGUCUCUAACUGCGACCGUCAAGAUAGAAGAGCGCUUCAUUGGGCUGCCUCGGCAGGACACAGUAAUGUUGUGGAACUGUUAAUAAACCAUGGCGCGGAUGUGAACGCGAAAGAUGCACUUGCCAACACAGCGGUGCAUUUUUCAGCGCGAAACGGUUACCAGUUGGUUGUUGAGCAACUUAUCCACUCGAAUGCGAAUCUCGAUCUUCAAAAUAACAACGGCGAAACGGCUCUCCAUCUCGCGGCAAAAUACGGUCACGCCGAGUGCGUCGAGAUCUUGCUCAAAUAUGGCGCCAGGGCGGACAUCACCAACAAAGUUCUGAAAACGCCGUUGCACUAUUCGGUGAUCACGAAUCGACAGAAUCCGGCGAUGGUGGAGGCGACGAAAGCGUUUCUGCAGACUGUUGGCGGCACCUGCAACGUUGAUGUUAGGGGCAGAACUCCGCUUCACUGCGCUGUGCAGAACAGGGCGACCGAUCACGUCGAAAUACUUUUACAGUUCGACAAUCACAAGGAGCAGCAUUCGGUGAAUAUGGCUGAUCACUUGGGAAAUACGCCGCUCCAUUACGCCGCGGAAUUGGACGAUUGUGAGAUGGUUCAGCGACUGCUCCAGCAUCGAGCCUCGCCGAACCAGGAGAAUAAGGAGGGAGUCACUCCUUUUCAUGUUGCUGCUAAAAUGAGCUCUAAAGAAGUUAUUAAUUUUCUACUGCAAGCUGGUGCCGCGCCAAAACUCGACAAGAAGAACCGUUCAAUUUUGCACUAUACCGCGAUGGGAGGCCGCCUUGGAGUCAUGGACAUCCUAUCAAACAUUGAUCCAGAAAUCGAGCGCACCGACUCUUCAAGAAAAUCUGUUCUGCACUACGCGGCCAUGGGUCAGAAUGUGAAAAUGGUUGCAAAUCUGAUUUCCCAACUUCCAAAGUCAUUUGUGAAUCAAAGCGAUAGUGAUGGAAAAACGCCACUUCAUCAUGCCGCAACGAACAAUUACUUUCUCCGUGUUCAAAAGUCUUCUGACCCCGGCGCGUUGAAUAUGGCCAGAGACAACAUCUUUCAAUACGAGCAGAAGUCAGCAGAGAUAUGCGAAAUUUUCCUUCAGAAUGGGGCUUCGGUAGAAAUCAGAGACAAAAACAACUUUACACCUCUUCACUGCGCUGCGGCGUCAAACAACAAUUCUUCACUAGAAAUUCUUCACGAGCAAGACCACGAUGUCUCAAAUGUUUCACUAUUAGUUGUUGCCUGUCUUAAAAGAUGCAUCUCCGUCGUCGAAAAACUUCUUCAAGAUAAUCCUGACCUCAUUCUUUCUCGCGACUCUACUAACAAAGGGAUGAGCGCGUUGUACGCUGCUGCGAAGAGUGGCUGCAUCAAGGCGAUUGAAAAAAUCGACGAAGCAUCCUCGGAAAGCCAAGAAACAAUCGGCGAAAACAUCAAGCGAUUGUUCGAGCCAGGUUUCGAAGGGAAAAACGCACUCCACGUGGCCGCUGUAAACAAUCACCCAAGUGCCUUUCAAAAAAUUCUCUCAAUCGUCUACGGUUCUGCUCCCACUUCUUCUCGCCAAUCUUUCGUUUUCAAGGACAAUCUUGGCCGGACACCAAUUCAUUAUGCAGUUGGGAACGGAAUGUGCGAAGGAUUUAUGGAAGACUUGUUCGAUUGGGCGGGCGAGUCGUCCAUCGAAGACGUCGACAAUGACAGGAACAAUAUUUUCCACUUUGUCGCCGCUCGGGGCUCAGUUGAUGUUUUCAAAAGCCUCUGCUUGAGAAUCAGAAACGUUUCGGAGGUGACUAUUGAAAAACUGCUCGUCAAAAGAAACAAGUUUGGAAAGACUCCUCUUCACAUAGCCGCAGAGAAUGGCUUCUCUGAGCUUGUCGGUCAACUGCUGGAAACAUGCCCUCAUGCGAUCGAAGUCCACGAUUCGAAUGGACUUACUCCGUUCACUCUUACUGCAGCCCUUGGCCGAGUCAAGACAUUCCAAAAAAUCAUCGACUUCAUCAAAGCCGAGAGCAUCGACCUAAAGAACCCAUGCCAUGCUAGAGCCUUCCUCGCAGCCAUCAACGGUGGAAACAUGUUGAUUUUGUCAAUUCUCUACAAAUACUGUCUCUCCCUUCCUCAAAAAACUCUCAAAACGUGGCUACGAACUAAAAACUCGAUCGAACGCGGUGCUCUUCACAUAGCAGCUCAUAGGAACGACACGAGUGCCAUGAACAAACUGCUGGCGGUUUCAAAACUUGUCGGGGGAAACUUCACGUCGGAACUUUCUGAGUGCGACAGAAACGGACUGAACGUCCUUCAAGUUGCAAUUAAAAAUGGCUGCAUCGAUAUCACAAAAGAAAUUUUGAACAUCGACAAAGAAGGAGUCCUGCUUGACCAAAACGAAAACGUCGAAGGAAAUUCACCGCUACAAAUAGCUAUCAAAAUCAAGAAUCGCGAGCUAGCACUGAUGAUCAUGAGCAAAUGUACUCCUGAUCAGAUUAACCAUCGUAAUUACAGGGGAGCCACUGCUCUCCACAUGGCAGUUGAGUCUAGAAUAGAGCUUUCUCGGGACUUGCUGAACGCAGGAGCUGAUGCAUUUGUUUUCGACGAUAGCGCGCGUCUUCCUCUAUUCGCUCUCUGUCAGAAUCAAACCGACCUUUACAACCUUUGCGACAUCCUGAUGAACAUGCUCGAGCGCAAAAAUCGCGGCAAGCUCAACGAGCUCAACGAAGAUGAUGUCAACGGCACCGAAAAUGGAAACUCAACUUCUCAAAGCCCGCGAUACAUUUCCCAUCUUUGUGUGUCUGGCAAUCCAGCAUCUUUGGAAAACUCGGCGAGACUGUCUCUUACGUCUUCAUUGUCGUCAUUUCGACGAAGUUCUGUCUCAAGCGUCAAUCCACAUAAGUUGAACGGCCGCAGCGACAGCGUCUUCGACGAUUAUGAAGCCUUCUAG